AGGCUGGGGGGAGUGGUGGGGAGUCUGCUGAAUGGCCUCUCGCUUCCCUAUUCAUUUCUUCUCCCGCUGCCUCCUGCGCUCCUUGGCCGCUGCCGCCGCCAUCCCUCCGUUGCUCGGUGAAUGAAAGGCUGAGGCUGCGGGAGGCGCUGGGUUAAGAACUGCCCUGCAGACGCUGCCGGACCGCCCGGGAGGGAACGAGCCGGAGCCGGGAGCUGGAGAUGUAUGGUGUCUGUGGCUGUUGUGGUGCCCUUCGCCCCCGAUACAAGAGAUUGGUUGACAACAUCUUCCCUGAGGACCCAGAGGAUGGCCUCGUGAAAACUAACAUGGAGAAGCUGACCUUCUAUGCUCUCUCAGCUCCAGAGAAGCUGGACAGGAUUGGUGCUUACCUCUCUGAAAGACUGAUCCGUGACGUGGGUCGCCAUCGAUAUGGCUAUGUGUGCAUCGCAAUGGAGGCUCUGGACCAGCUGCUUAUGGCCUGCCAUUGUCAGAGCAUCAACCUUUUUGUAGAAAGCUUCCUCAAGAUGGUGGCCAAGCUUUUGGAGUCUGAGAAGCCCAAUCUGCAGAUCCUAGGCACAAAUUCAUUUGUGAAGUUUGCCAACAUAGAAGAGGACACUCCCUCCUAUCAUCGGAGCUAUGAUUUCUUUGUGUCACGAUUCAGUGAAAUGUGUCAUUCCAGCCAUGAUGACUUGGAGAUCAAGACCAAGAUCCGUAUGUCAGGCAUCAAAGGCCUGCAAGGGGUGGUGAGGAAGACAGUCAAUGAUGAGUUGCAGGCCAACAUCUGGGACCCACAGCACAUGGACAAGAUUGUUCCUUCGCUGCUGUUCAACCUGCAGCAUGUAGAGGAAGCUGAGAGCAGGUCUCCUUCACCCUUACAGGCCACAGAGAAGGAAAAGGAGAGCCCAGCAGAGCUGGCCGAGAGAUGCCUCCGAGAGCUGUUGGGCAGGGCUGCCUAUGGCAACAUCAAAAAUGCCAUCAAGCCUGUACUCAUUCACCUAGAUAACCAUUCUCUCUGGGAACCCAAGGUGUUUGCCAUCCGUUGCUUUAAAAUCAUCAUGUAUUCAGUUCAGCCCCAGCACUCCCAUCUUGUGAUCCAGCAGCUCCUGAGUCACUUGGAUGCCAACAGCCGAAGUGCAGCCACUGUCCGUGCGGGCAUUGUGGAGGUCCUGUCUGAGGCAGCUGUCAUUGCUGCUACUGGCUCUGUGGGUCCCACAGUGCUAGAGAUGUUCAAUACUUUGCUGAGGCAGCUACGGCUCAGCAUCGAUUAUGCCCUGACCGGCAGCUAUGAUGGAGCCGUCAGUGUUGGUACCAAGAUCAUCAAGGAGCAUGAGGAGAGAAUGUUUCAGGAAGCUGUUAUCAAGACCACCGGUUCCUUUGCCAGCACACUGCCCACCUAUCAACGCUCUGAAGUAAUGCUUUUCAUCAUGAGCAAAGUCCCACUGCCCUCUCUCCAUCACCCCGUGGAGACUGGAAAGACGGGGGAGAAUAGGAACCGGCUGACCCAGAUCAUGCUGCUGAAAUCCCUCCUACAGGUAUCCACCGGCUUCCAGUGCAGCAACAUGCUGACUGCCCUGCCCAGCUCCUUCCUGGACCGACUUCUUUCUGCUGCUCUUAUGGAGGAUGCUGAGAUCCGCCUCUUUGUCUUGGAGAUCCUCAUCAGCUUCAUAGAUCGUCAUGGCAAUCGCCACAAAUUCUCCACUAUCAGCACACUCAGUGACAUCUCUAUCCUAAAACUGAAGGUGGACAAGUGCUCCAGGCAAGACACUGUAUUCAUGAAGAAGCAUUCUCAGCAGCUCUACAGACACAUCUACAUGAGCUGCAAGGAGGAGACUAAUGUUCAAAAACAUUAUGAGGCUCUCUACAGCAUGCUGGCGCUCAUCAGCAUCGAGCUGGCCAACGAGGAAGUGGUGGUGGACCUCAUUCGCCUGGUGUUGGCUGUCCAGGAAGUGGCCCAUAUCAAUGAAGAAAAUCUGCCUGUGUACAACCGCUGUGCCCUCUAUGCUCUGGGAGCUGCUUACUUGAACCUCAUCAGUCAACUUACAGCUGUCCCUGCUUUCUGCCAGCACAUCCAUGAGGUAAUAGAGACCAGGCAGAAGGAAGCACCAUACUUGCUCCCAGAAGAUGUGUUUGUGGAGAGACCCAGGUUGUCCCAGAAUCUGGAUCAAGUGGUGAUUGAGCUCCUCUUCCGUCAGAGUAAGAUCAGUGAAGUUCUUGGGGGCAGUGGCUACAACUCUGACAGGCUCUGCACACCAUACAUCCCUCAGCUUACAGAUGAAGAUCGCUUAUCCAAGAGGAAGAGCAUUGGUGAAACCAUUUCUCUUCAGGUGGAGGUAGAAUCAAGGAACAGCCCAGAGAAGGAAGAGAGAGUACCCGCUGAGGAGAUUACCUAUGAGACUCUAAAGAAGGCCAUUGUGGAUAGUGUGGCAGUGGAGGAACAAGAGCGUGAGCGGCGGCGGCAAGUGGUUGAGAAGUUCCAGAAGGCACCUUUUGAAGAGAUUGCUGCACAUUGUGGGGCCCGGGCAUCACUUCUACAGAGCAAACUCAACCAGAUCUUUGAAAUCACCAUCCGACCUCCCCCAAGCCCAUCUGGUACCAUCACAGCAGCCUAUGGCCAACCACAGAAUCAUUCCAUCCCCGUCUAUGAGAUGAAGUUCCCUGAUCUGUGCGUAUACUGAGUGCCAAGAGUCCGAGGCCCUGUGGAGGAUGGGUUUGAGGACAGUGAUCCCCACCUCCAUCCCCUACAGCAUGGAAUCCUAACUGAGAUCUCAGGGGAGAAAUACAACUUCCAAAUGGUGACCACCUUCCUGAGAGAACAAGUUCCCUCAACCCUUCUCUUCUUCUGCUCCACCAUCCCAGCUUUGCCACUCUCUUUCAGGCCCUCUAUGCCAGUGGGAGUCUACCUUGCCCACUCUGCCUUGCCUUGUAUGUCACCUGGGGCCCUUUAUGAGGAGAGAUUUGGGGGCUCUUUCCCAAUAAGAGUCAGAGAGCCUUGGUGAGCCUUUG